CUGAAAGUCUUAAACUCUAAAACAAACCCUCUCUGCCUCGGUGCCUCCCUUCAAUUUCCGACUUUCCGUCAUUCACUUCUUCAUUCCUUUGCAUCCCUUUGAAUUCGAAUCAAUCCCUUAUUAGGUGAGGGAGACUCUUCUUCAAAUCUUUGAUUAUUUGAGUAUUUGAAGAUUUGUGCUAAUGCUAUUUGAAAUAUUGUUUCAAUGAAGUGAAGUGGACGAUUUGAAACCAAGUUGUAUUUGGAUUUCAAGAAUAACUUUCAGAAAUUGCGUAGAGAUCAACUUCGGGAUCAUCAAGCAGAAUUGUUGGAGCAAUUGUUAGAGAGUGGUGAAGUUCAAAGUGGGAAAGGAUUAAAUCAAGAGCGAGGGCUUCAAAGGCCAGGUGACACUCGUUGGGGAUCACAUUGUAAAACAUUGAAUAACUUUGUUAUUUUUAUUUUCUUCUAUUGUUUAUGUGCUUGGGGUGAUUGAUGUGAAGGUGAUGUUAAUAAUAGGUUGCAAGCCGAAGCUUUUUUGAGUAAAAUUAAAGCAUUUGAAUUUGUUUUCUUGCUUCACUUAAUGUUGAAAGUGUUGAUAAUGUCAAACGAGUUGAGCAAAGCUUUACAGAAGAAAGAUCAAGAUAUUGUCAAUGCCAUGGUAUUUCUUGAUAUCACAAAGGAAAGGUUGCAAGAAAUGAGAGAUAAAGGAUGGGAACCAUUGAUGGAUGAAGUAUAUUUAUUUUGUGCAAAACAGGAUAUUUUGGUGCCUAAGAUGGAAGAAUUCUAUAUUCCUGGAAAGUUGAAGCGUAGGCCUUCUAGUGUUACUUAUUCACAUCACUUACGUGUUGAGCUUUUUUAUGCCGUGAUUGAUUUGCAACUUCUGGAGCUUAAUAGUCGUUUUGAUGUUGUGAGUAGUAACAUGCUUCUUGGUAUGGCUAGCUUGAAUCCGGCUAACUCAUUUGCUAAUUUUGAUAAGGAAAGAAUAAUAACAUUGACCAAGCAUUAUCCCGAUGAGUUUGGUGAAUUGAAGUUUCAAGAUCUUAGUCGCCAACUUGACACUUUCAUAUGGCACAUGCAACAUGGUGACCCUAGAUUCUCUGAUUUGAAAGGAAUUGGUGGUUUGGCAAAAGCAUUGGUUGAGGCAAAUCUUGUGGAGACUUAUUCACUUGUUUAUUUGCUUGUGAAGUUGACUUUAAUUUUACCUGUCGCAACUGCAAUGGUGGAAAGAGCAUUCUCAUCCAUGAAAUACAUCAAAGAUGAAUUGCGUAGUAGUAUUAGUGAUGUAUUUUUAAAUGAUUGUUUAGUUUGUUACUUUGAGAAGGAAGUAUUUGUAAAUAUAAGCAAUGAUGCUAUUAUUGACCGUUUUCAAAACACGAAAGCGCGUCGAGUUCAACUAUGAGUGGACAAUGUACUUUUGUUAUAUUAGUAUCAAGUUAAUGGUAUUUGAUAAUAUUGAUGUUUUUA